CGGCUUCAUAGCUCUCCCCGGAUUUCCCUUGGAGGGAGUUGCGCCAGCCCCAGCCGCUCCUGCCUCGACUUCCCUUCCUUUCCUUCCUUGUUUUCAAUCCAACGUUCUAUCCCUGAUAACACAUCAAAACAAAAAUCACAAUGGUUGGAACACGCAAGCGUAGAGCCGAGGAGUCUGAGGAGGAGGAGCUUCAAUCACUUCCCGAGGAUAGCGAGGAGGAAGAGGAGUACGACUCCUCCGAGGCCGAAGGAGAUGCCGAAGCCGACGCAGCAAGCGACGAAGAAGCCGACUCUGAAGACGGCGAAGAAUUCGAGCAAGAAGCUCCUGCAGAAGAAACAGCAACCAAGGGAUCCGCCGCCGCCGAUGCCAAAAAGGCAAAGGAGAGAAGCGUCCCGGGUGGAAAGGACAAGGCUGAAGUAGGCGACAUCGCAGACGAUGGGCCUGUCAAGACUGAACCCCCAUCCAAAAAGCGCAAGACCACAACCACCACCUCCGCUGACGUCCCAGACGACGACGAAUUCUCAGAAGAAGGCGAAGACGACGGAGAAGAAGCAGGAGAAGCCUACGAACAAGUCGCCGCCGACGAAGAUACAGCAGACAAGAGUGGCCCCGCCGCUGAUGCCAAGAAGGCCAAAGAAAGAAAUGUUCCCGGUGGCAAGGACAAGGCCGAGGUGGGUGAUAUUGAGAAUGCAAAGUAGAGAUGCCUAGCAGAGAUGUUUGAGGGAUGUAUUGGAGAUGAGGGGUUGAUGAGAGAUGAGGGAUGAUUUGGUGGAUAUGGCUGACGAUGACCGGGUAUGGAUGGCUAUGUUUGUGUGAUGAGAAGAUGAGAUAUAGCUCUAUAAGCGUUAGUUAUAUCUUGUUCCAUCUGCCUCAAUCUCACCAUCGCAAUCUGGUCUCAACGUGUAAUGAAUGUCAUGUCAUUCCUAGUAAAUCGCAGCAACCACGCUUCCUCUCCCAAAAGCUCAGCCAAGAUUCAAUGCACGCACAAAGCGACAAACAUCGUACAUGUCAGACAUCACUACAUCACCCACUAUCCGAACAAAAUCAC